UUUUCUUUUUUUUUUCUGGGGUCGGUUUAGCCUGCGUGGUUGGUGAAGCAACCAAGAAGACAAAGAGACGUGAUGGGGGGUUUAAGCCGCCCACGAUAUAGGGGAGGGCAGCACUCCCGAUCCCGAACUGGGCUGCUUCGCGAUAUCCCGCCAUCUGCCACCCACCGAUUUGAGACAAACGGGUUGAUCAUCAUCAACGUACUAAAAGACCCUAUAAGCUGGAUUUGUUAUAUCAAGGGGGCCCCUCUUUGCGUCAAACCAAGCAACGUGGGCGCACGUACUUCGUACGAUGCCAAAAAUGGAGAAAAAGGAUCCCCACUCUGUCCCUCACCGGUGGGUGUUGGUUCACGAACAUGGCAACGGGUACGGGGGGACCUCAUGAUCUCGGCUGCUGCUGCCCACGCGACAUACGACAUCGUGGCGUUUUGUGACGGAGGCGGUGAAGUAAAUAUACCGACCGGGUCGUCAAUGGGCAAAGCGCCGGUCUGGGGCAAUGGCUUGAAAAUUGGUUCUCGUCACAUUCAUUUUGCCAAGUCUCGUAACACCCGAGGCUACAAAAGUUCUUGGGAGGGGUUUUUGGGCGCCGCGCCCGAGACAUCACAGUAGUAACAGAGGAGAAAAAAAAAUAGUCAAGGUAUAUCCUGGUUGAGGUAUGAGAUUUUAGGCUCAAUCAGUCAGUCAAUCGCCCAUCUCCAGGUCCAAUAAAUUAAUUACCGCCCAAUUCCAAAACACCCCCGAGCCCCCCACGUAGUAUACACCGUUGUACUGUAC